AGUUGUAGUCAGGACGACUAGCUUCCAAAUAAUAGUUACAGUCAUGUUCUGGAAACAUGCAUUGAUCAAAAUUGAGUGUGUGGAUGAAUGGCCAGAGCUUAUGAAAUCUUCUACUUGCGUUACAGAUUCCUUUGACAGCAUCCUUUAAUGGCAAUAAGGAGAGAAUAUGGAUGAGGAUGUCAUCUGGUAGUCCACUCAAGUGGUCUUCGUUCAAAACACAACUUGUUUGUUUUGCAUACAUAUUCAUCUCUGUUAAACAUUAUAACACAUUUUAGGUGCGAGAAAUUGAAAACUUUGAACUGAAGAAAAUCUUUAGCCUUAAAUUGGGAUAUUUGGAAAGAAUAGGUUUUUCCAAAUUGAGGAUUAAUCUAUAGAGAGGGACUGGCAUACGUUAUUCCUACAAACAAGGAGGAAGGGAACAAGACCUUUCAUCCCUCAAGUUAAUCAGAUUUAGCCAUUUAGGAAAUCCUAGAGUGCGUCGAUCUCAGUUAUGCUUAUGUUGUAUUAUUGACUUGCAAUGGUUGCUGCUUUUUUAUGAUUGAGUAUAUAAACCCUUGUGAUAUAAUGUUUAAGACAUAUUUUUUGGCUUAUUUAUUACGAGCGAGAGUUGGUUGUAGCCGAUGAUCGAGUGUAAUUUACUGACAGCAAAGCACACAAUGGAGCAAACCUAGGGCAAUAUAUUUUUUCCGAAAAAAGCCUUUUAUUUGUCUAUAAAAGCUUCGUAGAGCUCUAUAACUUUAAGAAGCAAAAUUCACAAUGUUUCUGUGCUGAAUAGGCAAAUCUGUAACUUGUGCUAAAAUAGGGCUUGAUUUCCAAUCUUAGACUAGAAAAUCAAUCCCAAAGAAGGUAUACAAAAAUGUUGUUAUUCAUUCUCUUUCAUUUUAUAUAGUUAAAAGCUUCGUAUGACUCUGUAACUUUAAGAAGCAAAAUUCAUACUGUUUCUAUGCUGAAUAGGUAAACCCGUAACUCGUGCUAAAAGAGGGCCUGUCUUAGACUAGAAAAUCGAUUCCGAAGAAGGUAUACAAAAAAUGUUAUGCUAUUCAUUCUCUUUCAUUUUAGAUCGUUAAAAAUUUCGUAUGACUCUGUAACUUUAAGAAGCAAAAAUUUGUAUUGUUUCUGUGCUGAAUAGGCAAAUCUGUAACUUGUGCUGAAGAGGGCUUGAUUUCCGAUAUUAGACUAGAAAACCGAUCCUGAAGUACUUAGGUUUGGAAAAUCUAGGGUUUUGCUUUGUGUUCAAAUGUUGAAUCUGGAAAUGAGAAUCUUUCUCUGAUUCAACUUGUAUUGGAUCUUUCUUUUGCCAAUGUAUCUUGUGAUCCUUCCUUUCAGGGUAUAAAAUACCCAAAUAUUCUGGUUUUAGAUACUUCAAUUUUUCUUGCUCCCUCAGUCCGUUAAAUUUUGGUUUGGAUCUACUGUAAGCUCCAUGCUAUAUAUGAGAUUUUUGUUUGUGCUUGUAUACUAUUUUGAAUGUUGGAUCUUUCUAGGCAUAACUUAUCAGUAUGUCUAAAUCUGAGCAAGUAGCAAAGAAAACUAUUCAGAAAUUGGUAUACAUUUCAUGCACUUAUUGCAUUUGUGUGCAAGUUAACUCUUGUUAGGGGCCAUCCAGAAUAAAAAAUCUGGAUUUCUACUUUGUUACAUAUUUUUGGAUACCAAAAUGAAAAUGUAGUUAUGUAACCUUAUAAUGUCAGCUACACUACAUUGCUACUUAAUGGUCCAUGAAUUUUUAGGUUUAGAUCCUAGAGAGAUGUUAAGGUUUUCAAGAGGAAGAGUUGCUUGUCAAGCUGGUCUAUAUAUGUAUAAUAAUAAUAAUAAAUUUCUUUUGAUUUUAUUUAUUAUAUAGGAGGAAGGGUAUGUUGUUGUUGUAUAUAAAAAAAAUGGAAAUAUUUCCUUUCUUUUCACAGACUCCUCCUUCUUUGUCAGUACUACUAAUGACCUAUAUGUUUGCCUACUUUACUUAUUAAAGAUAAUGAGGAUGGGUUGUUCAAAGAAAAAGAGAAGGCCCUUAGUUUCACAAACCUGUGACAUUGUUUGGUUUAGGAUUUGUUUGUUUGUCUUUUAGGUAAAUGCCUUGGAUGUGGUGCAGAUACAUUUGUUUUUCCAUUGAAACUUUUUUAAGUGGCAUCCUUCUGUUGGUUUAAAUAUUAUUAUUAGGAUUAUUUUAUGUCACACGUCAUAUUAGAACGUGGGUGGAUGAAAUUGAGGCUCGUAUCUGGUGUCUUAUGUGAUAAAGGACCCUAGACUUUAAGUAAGUUUGAUAGAGUGGUGGUUAGACCAACUAUGUUGUAUUAGGGUUGAGUGGUUGCCAAUAUAUCUCAAAGUUCAGAAGAUGAACUAGCGGAAAUGAGGAUGCUUAGAUGGAUCUAUAGCCAUACUAGUGGAGAUAAGAUCGGGAAUAAAGAUAUACAACGCAAGGUGGGGUGACAUCCUUGGCGGACAUUGAGAUGACUUAGGUAUGUGCAAAGGAGGAGCACCGAUACCCGAAUGAGGAGAUGCGUGAGGUUGGCAAUGAUAGGUCUAAGGGGAGGUAGAGGUAGAUGGAGGAAGAAUUGAGGAGAAGUGAUUAGGCAAAUAUGCCACAUCUUCAACUCCCCGAGGACAUGACCCUAAUAGGAGAGUAUGGAGGUUGAGGAUUAAUGUAACAAUUGGUAGGUAGUUGAGCGACUUCUCUCUUCCUAGUGGUAGAGCAGGGUUCUAGGCUGGAGAGCCUAUCCACUUACAAAUAUCAUUAUUAUGCUAACAUUAUCUUUUUCUUUAUUUCUAUUACUAUCGUUGUCACUUUUGCUUUAACUAUCUUUUAUUUUGUUCGAACCUCUUGUGGAAAAUGAAUUCUCUUGAAUCAAGGAUAUAUAAGAAACAAGCUCUCUAUUCCACAAAGGUAGGGGUAAGGUCUACAUACACCCUACCCUCCCCAAACCCACUUGUGGGAUUGGGUGUGUUGUCGUUGUUGAAGGAUUCAUAUAGCUGGCCUCAACUUGUUUGGGGUAGAGGUGUAGUUGUUGUAUCCUUUUGACGGUUUGUGUAAGAGAUAGUUGAGUUUACACUUGUUUGUUACAUCAGUGGGAACUCUUAGAAAAUCACUAAAUUUAAGAUUACAUUUAUUGUCUUAGAAAAUUUUCAAUUCAAACUUUAUAACUAAUUACUUCAAAAAAAUUCCCAAUAUGUUUGAUCUCAUGUUUUAUCAUCAUGAACUACAACUACAUACCCAGUGAAGUCCCACUAGGUGGGGUCUAGGGAGGGUAGAGUGUAUGAACUGUUAUCUCUAAUGGAAGUUUGAUAUGCUGAGAUCGAUGCACUCUAGGAUUUCCUAAAUGGCUAAAUCUGAUUAACUUGAGGGAUGAGAGGUCUUGUUCCCUUCCUCUUGGUUUGUAGGAAUAACGUAUGCCAGUCCCUCUCUAUAGAUUAAUCCUCAAUCUGGAAAAACCUAUUCUUUCCAAAUAUCCCAAUUUAAGGCUAAAGAUUUUCUUCAGUUCAAAGUUUUCAAUUUCUCGCACCUAAAAUGUGUUAUAAUGUUUAACAGAGAUGAAUAUGUAUGCAAAACAAACAAGUUGUGUUUUGAACGAAGACCACUUGAGUGGACUACCAGAUGACAUCCUCAUCCAUAUUCUCUCCUUAUUGCCAUUAAAGGAUGCUGUCAAAGGAAUCUGUAACGCAAGUAGAAGAUUUCAUAAGCUCUGGCCAUUCAUCCACACACUCAAUUUUGAUCAAUGCAUGUUUCCAGAACAUGACUGUAACUAUUAUUUGGAAGCUAGUCGUCCUGACUAUGACGAAAGGUUUUUGCACUCCGUUCGUCACGUGCUUCUUCGUAGUAAAAGCCCAACUAUUCAUAAGUUCUGCCUUAAGUUUCAUUUUAGAUUGUCUUAUUCAUUUUGGCAAAGAAUAUCCAACAGCACAGACAUACGGCUGUAUGAUUUCCUGAGGAGUGAGAAAAGGAUGGCUAAUGAAAUUGGUACCUGGAUCCAGUUCGCAUUGAAUAAAAAUUUGGAGGUCCUUGACUUGUCUUUCUCUGAGCAUCGUAUAGUUGGGCCACAGGCUCUUUAUGAUCUGCCUAAUUGUGUUCUAAGCAGUCCUCAUUUGGUUGAACUCCGGUUGACACACUGUACGAUAAAUGCAAAAAAGAAAAGUAAGCUGAAGUCUCUAAAAACAUUAUAUCUUAAUAACGUUGUGCUAAUGGGUCAAUCGAUGGAUUAUAUUCUAUCUGGUUGCCCGAUGCUUGAGGAAUUGACAUUGCAGUUUUGCUAUGGCCAUAUAAGAGUGGUUGUGCUCAAUUCAAAUUUAAAGACAUUGAAGCUUGACAUUGGAUGGUCUCGAAAAAGGAUAUAUGUCUCCUGUCCAACUCUCCUAUCAUUAGAUGUGUCUGGAGCUGUGGAUGUGCUGGAUAUUGCAAAUGUAGCAUCUAUUGCUGAAGUGUCUGUCAAAUGCAAUCUGAUAUUUGAUUUCGAUGUGAGCAAGGAUUACCAAGGGAUAAGAAUGUUACUCCAAACAUUUACCGGGACCAAAACUCUCAAUCUAUGUUCCUGGUUUGCUCUGGUAUUUUCUGCGUGGCAGUUGAAAAAUCUACCAUCUCCGACCUUCAGCUGCAAAUCCCUUCAUCUUAAAUCGGAUUUUAUGAUAUGGAAUCUACCAGGAAUACUGAACUUGCUGAAGCACUGUCCUUGCUUGGAGAAUCUUACCAUCGAAAUUACUUCUCCUCACAAUAAAUUUACAUCCCAUAAACAAUUAUCGUGGUAUCGCCUAUAUAAGUUUGACGCGGAUGAAUACUGGAACAUGGUAGAUGCUCCUGUCCAGUGCUUGAUUGAUCACCUCAAGACGGUGGAGGUAGCUGGUUUCGUAGAGAAGCAUCUUGUGAUUCAGUUUUUGGAAUAUUUGCUCAGGCAUUCCAUGGUGUUAAAGAAAAUGAAGAUACUUGCAGAAAAGCAAACCGCUAAAUAUUAUGAAGAGAGGCUAUUGAAUAUACCAAAAGCUUCUGCCUCUGCUGCAGUGCUCUUCUACUGAGGUGAACCCUUAGUAGAUACUUUUAGUUCAAACAGUUUGUUUCUGGGAACUCUUUUGCAAUAACCUGUUAGUUGUUAUUGGUCUAUACACAAUGAAUUGCACUGUGGACACAGUUUCCUCCAUUUUCUGUAAUAACUGUUGAAGUGCUAUCUUGUUGGAUGUUUAGUGUGUGAAAUUGCAUUUAUAGAAAGGCAGAUUGAUGGGCCUUCUGUUAGUUA